GAAAGUGCGCGUACAGACCUGACGCGGUUUUUUUACGGCAAACAGAAAUUGGGAGAAACAAACGUGGCGGAUGCUGAGGACUACGAAGACGAAUUGUUGUUACUUUUACUGCUCCACCGGCGUUUGCGUCGAAGACGGACUGUGUGGAUUCAUCCAAUCUUGGGACGAAGGCAACAACUUGGGGAAUUUCAUCGUCUCGUACAGGAACUUCGGCUAGAUGAACAGCGGUUUUUCCAGUACUUCAGAAUGACACCCGAAACAUUUGAUAACUUGUUGCAUAUCGUUGGUCCUCAUAUUUGUAAACAGACCACAAACUACAGGAACCCUAUAAGUCCACAACAGAGAUUGGCUAUCUGCUUUAGGUAAAAACAACUCAUUUAACAGGUUAUUAUUUUUGUUGUGUGAUGCCAAAAAUGGCAAUAAAUGUCCCACUCUGGCCUCUCGGAGACUAUAAAUAAUUUACUGACAAAGAAGAAACUGUAGUAUAAGGUUUGGUUGUCAACAUUGCAAAAAAAAUUAAGACUGUGUGGCAUUUGCAGGGGUUUUUUUCUUGGGCCUUCCAGGGGUAGGGGCAUUUGUAUGCUGUUCAUAUAAACUAAACUAUAUAUGAAUAUAACAUUUAAUAACAGCUUUCAUUCUGAAUGAAGGUGUUUUAUACUUGUUUAAUAAUUUAUUUGGCCAAUUUUAUAUCAUUGAAUAACAGUUUGAUAUAAAUUGGCCUGGUUCAGAAAUUAAAGAUGGAAUUCUUUUUCAUUUUCUUCAUUAAUUAUUAAAUAUUUUUCCAGAUUUUUGGCGACAGGUGAUUCAUAUAAAACCAUUGGAUUUAGUUAUCGUGUUGGUGCAUCCACUGUUGGCAGUAUUGUGUCAGAAACGUGUCACGCAAUUUGGACAUGCCUGGUAAAUCAGUGCAUGAAGGUCCCCACUGAGAAUGAAUGGCAACCUUUGGCUGAAAGUUUCAAGAAUAAAUGGAAUUUUCCAAACUGUGUGGGGGCUAUAGAUGGCAAGCACAUUACAUUUCAAGCUCCACCUAAUUCAGGUUCCCUAUACUUCAAUUACAAAGGGACAUUUUCUAUGGUUUUAAUGGCUUUAGCUGAUGCCGAUUACUGUUUUACAGUCAUUGAUAUUGGAAGUUAUGGAUCUAAUAGUGAUGGAGGGAUUUUUUUCAAAUUCACUACUGGGUCAAAGGCUGGCAGAGAUCCAAACUUAAUCUGCAUGUUCCUAUUGAUCUGCCUGGGGCUUCCUUAUUAGGUAAGGUAAACUCAAUAUGGUUUUUCUGCAUCUCACUCGAUUGAACUUAAUCGCAGGGCCACAGGUUCAAUUCCUGUCAUGGGUCCUAGUGUUGCAUGCUGUCCCCUGUUAGGUCUAAAAUUGUUAUAUUAUUCCACUCUAAUUAUCCAUCUACUAAAACCAUUAACUUUAUUCUUCUUAUUAGGUCCAAUGCCAUAUGUAAUUGUUGGAGCUGAGGCAUUUCCUCUUAAAACCUAUCUUUUGCGACCCUACCCUGGUCGAGAUCUUUCAAUUGAUAAGCGUAUAUUUAAUUACCGGCUUUCCAGAGCCCGCAGAAUCUCAGAGAAUGCAUUCGGAUUAUUGGCUCAGCGAUGGCGUAUCUUUCAGAGGCGUAUUAAUUUACACCCAGAGCAAUGUGAAAAGGUUGUUCAGGCAUGUAGUGUUCUCGACAACUACUUGCAGAAAUCUACUGGUAAUAGCACACCAAUUAAUGUUCAAGAUGAAAGAGAUAGCCUUCAAGAAUACCAAGCCAUGCAAAAUCUUACAAAUAUGGGAUGUAGAGCAUCAGCUGAUGCAUAUUCUGUUAGGGAUAAGUUUAAAGUCUAUUUUUGCAUGGGUGAUGGAGACGUUCAAUGGCAAUACACUACAGUCCAGAGAGGAUUUAACCGUAGUAUCUGAUGACAGUGGCCUAUAACAAUGUAUAACAAUAAUAACAUUAAACUGUAGAUUAAGCAUAUAAUAUUAUUACAUUAAACUGUAAAUUAAGUAUAUCAUAUUAUUAUAUUAUAUAAUUAAACUGUUUUGAUCAGUCGUAAUGGAACAUAUUUUAUUUUCGAAGGGCUAAAUUUACAAAAAAACGUUUAUAGUAAUUUUUGACUAUAAAGUGAUAACAUAAGAAUCCACAGAACAUGAUCUUGGGAAGGAGAUCUAAAACUAUAUUUGGCACUCUUUAGUUAUCAGUAUCAAAUUCAAUGUCAUACAGCACCUUCUGUAUGCGAAGUUUAGCCAGUCGCUUCUGUUGCUCUGUCAUGCGUUUUAAGGUAGGGACAAUGCUCAAGGCAAAGACUUCCUCUUCAGAUUUUCCAGUUUCAGGCUUCUUAUUUUUUGCAUCCAAAUAUUUUAUAAUUUUUUCUGAAACUUCAUCCCGUGGCUUUCGUGUCUUGUCAGCUGAUUUAGGGUGACACCCAUAGGAGUUGUUGGUCGUGAGCUAGAUGUUUUGGGUGCAUUUUCCUCUACCUCCAAAGGGAAUAAAGCAGUAUCCAUUUCAUCUUCGUGUGUACAAAGAAUGGCAGUGUUAUCUGCAGUCAAAUCUUUGUCUUCU